AUGCAGUUGGAAGUUCUAGCUGUGGUAGAACUGCACGCUUUCGUACUUGCAUUGGUGCCCUCCACACGGUUUGCCCUGGCAUUGAUAUGCUUCUUUGGAUGCUUCGUCACCUAUUCGCUUCGCACCAAUAUGAGCUUUGCCAUUGUAUGUAUGGUCAUCGAGAAUAAGACAACAGAACUGGAGCCCGGCGCCGUGAACAAAUGUGGGAAAGAAAUUGUUGUUUCAGAUGCAAAUGAAAUUGUGACUGGUGAGUUUGAAUGGAGCAAAUCGAUCCAAGGACAGAUUCUCGGGGCGUUCUUUUGGGGAUAUCUUGGAAGCCAGGUACUUGGCGGCUAUUUGGCUUCUCGGUUUGGUGGAAAACGUGUGAUCCUUACAUGCAUACUCGGGUCUUCAAUUCUUACUCUAGCAAGUCCAGUAGCCGCUCGCACUAAUGCCUACUUCCUGGCCGGCCUUCGUGUUGCCAUAGGUUUCCUGCAGGGUGCUACCUUUCCUGCAAUGCAUACCAUGUGGUCGGUGUGGGGUCCUCCGCUUGAACUGUCUGUUUUAACAGGUGUCACAUAUGCAGGAGCGCAAAUUGGAAACGUUUUCGUGCUUCCGCUUUCUGGGUUCCUUUGUCAAUACGGUUUUGACGGUGGAUGGCCUAGUAUUUUUUAUAUCCUUGGUAUUAUCGGACUUCUUUGGUGCAUCAUAUGGAUAUAUAUGGUAUCUGAUAGGCCCAGCAACCAUCCGCGAAUUUCUGAAGCUGAAAAACAAUACAUUACCAAAGCUGUUGAGGAGAACAUGGGGAAACAUACCGGAAAACCUCCUGCCACGCCAUGGGGUAGCAUUUUGACGUCAAGAGCUGUGUGGGCUUGCUGGUUUGGCCAUUUUGCUGGAGAUUGGGGAGCUUACACUAUGUUAGUGUCGCUUCCAUCUUUUUUAAAGGAUGUGUUGGGAUUGGAUUUGUCAUCGCUUGGAAUUCUAUCAGCAAUCCCUUAUAUUGCCUAUUUUGUUGUGAUCAAUAUUGGUGGAGUUCUUGCCGAUUUUAUACGCAGCAGGAAGAUUCUCGGUACACUCAACACUAGGCGCGCAGCUAUGCUCGUAGCUUUGCUCGGACAAGCCGUUUUCCUCGUACUUUCUGGCUACUGUGGAUGCGGGCAGGAGGCUUUGGUCAUCGUAUUCAUCACAGCAGGGAUGGCUAUCUCAGGUCUGCAGUACUCAGGAUUUGUGGUGAAUUAUCUUGACAUUGCACCUCCCUUCUCCGGUACCAUCAUGGGUAUGGGAAACACGAUAUCUUGCUUGGCUGGAAUUGUGUCGCCCAUGGUGACGUCUGCGCUCACCCCAAAUGGGACUCAAGAAGAAUGGCAUAACGUUUUAUGGCUGACUGCUGCUAUAUUAGCUGCCGGGUCUCUAAUUUUCGCACUUUUUGCAAGCGGAAGUGUCCAAGAUUGGGCUAAACAUAAGGGAGGUGACGCUCCGGAGGAACUACCCCUCAAAGAAGCUGAAGUUGAAAAGGAAGCGCACUGA